GUAAAUUCAUUCAUGUCUUAUAAACAGUGACCCAGCAGAAACUACAACGAGCAACAUGACACCAGAACAAAUCAAAGGAACAUCCAAACCCAUGGGCUUACAGGUCCAAUUACCGGCUUAUAUGAUGGCCAUAUAUCAUUUGGUAGUCAGCGUUAUACUCUUUAUCGAAUAUUCAAUGGAGAUGGACAGAAGGAACAACAUACAGCUGUGUAAUUUCCACCUCAUUGCAGACCAAAUAUCAAGCUAUCUCCUUCUCGUGGUCCUGUUUCUAACCAGCGUCUCAUUGCUGACUGGUGUCAUGACGAAUCAAGGAAGGUUUGUUAUGCCAUUUUUGGCUUUGCAGAUCAUGGAUUUUAUCCUAAGUUUUCUGAUGUUCUUUACCAGUUAUAGUGAGAUACCUUCAAUGAAAGAAACAUUAAAACAAAACAACAUGGCAGUAUUCAAGCUGGAUACCCAGGCAACAGAAUGGAGAUAUCUUCAGUUGAGCCUUAGAUUGAUGAUAACUUGUAGUGGUUAUGGUGAAGUCCCCACCUACUUAAACUUAAAGCCUGCAGAUUACAUUGCUUAUUUUUCAGCGAGCAUGUCUUCUGAGAAAUACAUCAAGAAAAUGAUCAUCUUCUCAGUGCUCUAUACUGCUGUGAUCUUAUAUAAGGCACUGAUGAUCUGUUGCACCUGGAGAUUCUGCAAGGGUUCGAAUGAAUUAGCAAAGAAUCAAUCAAAAGACAUGUUUAUGCUGAAAGAAAUCUCAAAGGCAGCACUUCCAUCCUACAAGGAGGCAACUAAAAUGGAACUCAAAGAUUUACCGCCCCCCUACUCCACUGUUUAACUAAAAGUCUACAAAAAUUCUGCUUCUGUGCUAAAUGCUUCCUUUCAUCCUAUAUGUGAUACAGAGAAAGGUGAGGUGCCUCACCCACAGCAAGCAAG